UUUUAUAUAUCCCCUGCAUGUUCUCAAUAUGGAAAAAAAUGAAAAAUAGCCAUUGCUACAAAAUAAUGUUUUGUAUCGGUGUUAUUGAUAUGAUGGCACUUUUAGAUGCGGGAAUAUUAACUGGUUAUUUGGGUUAUAAUGGUUAUGUUUUUUGUUCUUCCCCACGUUUAAUAUAUAUUGCUGGAGCUUAUGCAAUGUGUAAGAUAAUUAAAAAUUAUCGUAAAUAUGUGAAUUAUUAA